GAGGUGACAAUGACAACUGGCUUUCCUUUGCCAUUUCCUGGAACUUCAGCGUCUCCAGUCGCUGCGUCACGACGGCGCGCAGAUUUCUUGGAGGUGAAGACAGGGUGGUCACGUGUUUAGCCGAAGUGCGCGAAGCUCUACGCAUGCGUACGGCUGCGCGUUCCCAUGAUUUUUUUUUUUUCCCCCCCUCCGCCUGUUCGUGGACUCCUUUUUGUGUUUUGCAGCUGCUGGUGUACGGGUAGCGGCGCGGGUCAAAAGGAGCGGCCUUUCGGUUUGUUUCGCCUGUUCCCUUCUUCCUCAUUUCUUCUUCUUAGCCCACCCCCCAAACCGCAAGCGCGAGGACUCGGUAAAGCCCGGCCGAGCUGUGAGCAGUGUGUCCGUGCCGAAAUGAGGCAGCAGGGAGAGUAACUGACUGGCGCCUCCUCCUCCUCCGCAGCUGCCUGCCCCAUAAGCUCUCGAUAGGUGUUACGAGCUUGACAUGGAGACUCCAGCACCUGAGCAGGCUGAUGGUUUACAUCUCCAACCAGACAUUUCCCACAGCCUCCCGUCAGCCUUUGAACUUUCCAGAAAGCUCCGAGAUGCACCUUGUAAUGGAAACACACUCGAUGCCCUUCACAUGCCCUUCAAUAAACCCAACUGGUAUGGCAUCAACUCGGGUAACAAGGCUGUCUUCCAGGAUCCUGCCCCGCAGAAUGACCAGGUCCAGCCGGAUGAUGCCUUUUCUAAUACGACGGUCACCCUGUCUUACGUGAACCGGUCUCAUAUUUUUUCUCCUCAUCAGUCCAUAGGACAGCUUUCUCCUCUGUGUGCUCCAACGGUCAAUGGGAGACUACAUGCUGCCCCUUAUGAGCCUAACAUGCCCGUUUCACCUCAGUAUGAAGUGCCUGGUAGAGAUCAGUGGGACACAAGCAGAGGUAUUUGGAAGGAUGCGAGUGCUCAUGAGUCGGUGCCAAGCUCAAGCAAGCCUGGCCUUGCGUUAGCCGAGUCCAGCGUGCAGACCACUUGCCAGAAGGAAAGUGACAGGGCUUUACAUCGUAUAGAGGAGGCCAUCUGUCAGAAUGGAACUGCACCUGCAACACUGUGUGAUCACGCAGGCCUUCAGAACAACGGACACAAUCAUUGUGAAAGCAAAUCUCCUCUUGACGAGGACGAGGGGGACCACAUGCAGAAUGGGAUGGGUGAUUUAGUCGCCGAGCCGUGGCUCGAUAAAGCGACGCUGAACGAAACUGUCAGUGCACCAGCAAGCGUCUGCUCGAGUAACCCACAGGGCCCUUCAGAUGCAGAAGACCUUGGAGACGGGGAGAACAUUUCAAGCCUUAACGACGUUGAAAGCCCAGUAAAUGGGGAAUAUGGCACUCUAAUAACAAAAGAGUUUCCCGUGCCCACUACCUCAGAUGACAAAAAUGGAAUCGGUUCAGGUUUUACUCACACACUAAAUUCUUCGUCGCCUAAGGAUGAGUUAGAUGAUGUGGAGGCCGAAGCAGCUUCCACUCAUGAGAAUGAACCACACUUCGAAGAACAAGGCAAUAUUUCUGUGGUAGAAUCCUGUUCACCACUUUUAGACGAUGGGGCUCGUCCACUGGAGGUCGCCAGCAGUGACCUUUCUGUCAAAGACAUUGAGAAGUGUGAUCCCGCCAGUGUGUCGUCACCGAUGACGGAUUCACCGGUUGCUGCCUCUGAACAAACAGAUCUCCUCAAUAGUUUGCUACAAGAAAGUAUAGCUACAGACGGACAGAGCAGUGCACCUCAGGACCAUGAGGCAAAGAAUUGUGGAAGUUUCACUCUCAACGGCAAAGGCCGCUCACAAGAGAGAGCAUUAGAACGGAAAAUUCUUCCUCCCCGUCCUAGAAGGGGCAUGCGACUAGAAGAAAUAGUGCAGAAUAUCACUCCAUCUCGACACAAAGCCUGCAGCGUCGGCAGUGCAUCCACUAACAGAGGCAAGAUUUUGGAACCACAGAUCCCAGCUAGAUGUCCUGGGAGUGAGGUGACAUUUUCAGUUCAAGAAUUCCCUUCAUUUGAUGCAGCAGUCUGCACAGAGGAGAGGCCACCCGAGAACCCAAGUAGUAGCUCAGAGUCGGACGUUCUCGCCGAGGCCAGACUAUUAAGGAGCAAACCUCACACCUCAGACGAAAACGAUCCUAAACCGUUCAGAGGUACUGUCAUCUCCAAACCAAUAGUUAGUACACUGAAAGGCUUUAGGCAGAAAAGAGCCGUCUGCUUCCGGGUUCAUCCGUCGGCACCUGAACCGGUAAAGAAGGUUCCUAGGUCAACCUGUGAACCUGAACCAGUAAAGAAGGUUCUUAGGUCAACUUGCGAACCUGAACCGGUAAAGAAGGUUCUUAGGUCACCAUGUGAACCUGAACCGGCGAAGAAGGUUCUCAGGUCAACUUGCGAACCUGAACCAGUAAAGAAGGUUCUUCGGUCACCAUGUGAACCUGAGCCGGUAAAGAAGGUUCUUAGGUCGACGGCCCAGCCCAAGCCGUGCACACACAGUGCUAUAUCGCAGCAGAAAAAUGUGUCACACCAAGCAGUGCCUAUUGGUCCAAAAAAAGCCUGGACAAAAGACGCGUAAGAGGAAGAAGCUCCAAACUGGACAGUCAGCAGUGUUUGUUUCCAAAGAGCCAGAAAUCAAGUUGAAGUACGUGAAUUACAAAGAGGAGAAAAGAGACAACAGGGUGGACACGUUUGUACCUUACGUGAGGGUGGAAAUGAACAAA